AUGUCCCUUAUCUCCUUGAAAGAAAGAGAAGAUUGGUCAUAUCUCGAUUUUUUAACCUCCCACCAUGAUGACAUUGUUGCUUGGUUAUCUUCGGAUAACUGGAAGGAUCUUGAUGGUUCUUGGGCUACUCGGUUCUUAUGUGAAGCAAAAAGGCUAUUAUAUCAAAGAACCUUUAUUGAUUAA